AUGGCCGUUGAAAGAAUCAGCUCUAUCGUCAAGCAUUUGACUCCUGGUGCUUCGGGACUCUCUUCAAUUACCUCGAAAAAUGCAGAUGAUAUUGUCAUUACACUUGCCGUUCGCACACCGUUAACAAAAGCAUUCAAGGGAGGAUUCAAGGACACCAAGCUCGAUUACCUUAUCUACUCUCUUCUCCAGAAGGUCCGGGAGAAGUCCAACCUCGACCCGGCCCUUGUGGAAGAUGUCUGCUGCGGAAAUGUCAGCGAUGGUAAUGCCGCAUACAAACUCCGUGCCGCCGUCUUAGCAGCAGGAUUUCCCAACACCGCCGCAGCGUCCAUUGUAAACCGAUUCUGCUCCUCGGGUCUCAAAGCAACGCAAGAUAUUGCGAAUCAAAUUGCCGAAGGUAGCAUCGAUGUUGGUAUUGCCAUAGGUGCGGAAAUGAUGUCGAUUGGAGGCGACAAACUCGAUGGUGCUUUCCAUCCUGAAAUUCUCAAGUGCCAAGAAGCUGCGGAUUGCAUGCAACCUAUGGGACAGACAUCGGAGAAUGUAGGAAAGGACUUCAACAUUAGUCGUGAACAGCAAGAUAGAUAUGCGGCGCAAAGUUAUAUUCGUGCGGAACUUGCGCAAAAGGCUGGAUGGUUCGAUGAUGAGAUUGUACCAAUUGUUGCGGAAGUCAAGGACCCAAAGACUGGUGAAGUCAAGAAGGUUACUUUGACGAGAGAUGAGGGACCACGAUAUGGAACGACAUUUGAGAGUCUUAAUAAGAUUAGACCUGCUUUCCCCGAUUUCGGUGAUAGGUCAACUGGUGGAAACUCUAGUCAAGUCACUGAUGGUGCCGCCGCUGUUCUCCUCAUGAAACGCUCCCGCGCCAUCCAACUCGGCCAACCAAUCCUCGCCAAGUUUGUCGGAGCCACCGUAGCAGGUCUCGCUCCACGAAUCAUGGGUAUUGGCCCAUCCAUCGCCAUCCCCAAACUCCUCACCAAAUUCAACAUCACCAUCGAUGAUUGCGAUGUUAUCGAGCUCAACGAAGCAUUUGCUUCCAUGGCCGUCUACUGCAAAGAUGUUCUCAAGAUUCCCCACGAGAAGAUGAACAUUCGAGGUGGUGCCAUUGCACUUGGUCACCCAUUGGGUGCAACGGGUACUCGACAAAUUGUCACCGGUCUUAGUGAGUGCAGGAGACAAAAGAAGAAGAUUUUGUUGACUAGUAUGUGUAUUGGUACUGGACAGGGAAUGGCGGGUUUGUUCGUUAACGAGCAGUUGUAA